ACUCUCUCUCUUCCUCUCUCUCUCGCGCUCACAGAAAACCUCCAUGGCUUCUUCUGCUUCAAUCACAACCGCCCUAUCUCGCUUUUCCCUAAUCCGAUUCUCCCUAAAACUCUCUCCGUCGUUUCCACACACAACCCCAUUUGUUCUCACUAAACCAAAGGCUCCGAAAUACCGGUUCCGCUUGUUUUCAAUGGCGUCCGAGCCGAAAGAAUCACCCGCCAACAAUCCGGGCCUCCACGCCACCCCAGAUGAAGCCACUAAGAGUUACUUCAUGCAACAAACUAUGUUUCGGAUUAAGGACCCUAAAGCCAGUCUUGACUUUUAUUCACGUGUGUUGGGCAUGUCGCUGCUUAAGAGGCUGGACUUUCCAGAAAUGAAGUUUAGUUUGUACUUUUUGGGCUAUGAGGAUCCUGCAUCGGCUCCAACUAACCCGGCUGAUAGAACAGUUUGGACCUUUGGCCAGAAGGCUACAAUUGAGUUAACACAUAAUUGGGGUACUGAAAGUGAUCCAGAAUUCAAAGGAUAUCACAAUGGGAAUUCGGAACCUCGAGGCUUUGGACACAUUGGUGUCACCGUUGAUGAUACAUACAAGGCAUGUGAGAGAUUUGAACAUCUCGGGGUGGAGUUUGUGAAAAAGCCAGAUGACGGAAAGAUGAAAGGGAUAGCAUUCAUUAAGGAUCCUGAUGGUUAUUGGGUUGAAAUCUUUGACCUUAAAACAAUAGGAAGCAUUACAGGUGGUGCUUCGUGAGGUCAUGGCACCCUUUCUUCAGCCCCUUGCAUUUCUUGUAUUGAUGCUGAAGGUUAGAGACUUCCAUAGUUGUUAUCAGAAUUUGAAUGGAUUAGAUAUCGUGCAGGUGAACCGUGGUGACAACUUACAGUCGGACAUCAUUUCUGGUUUUCCUAUAUGUCCAUAGUUCAGAUACGAGUCUCGUAAAUGGACCUGUUUGGCGAUUUUCUUACGUGUUUUAUUUUUCACAUUCCUCUAGUGUUCGUGUAGUUUUGUAUUCUGUAAGUUGGUACGAGUUACUUUUGUCUGUUUUGUCUACUCGACUGCUGUUCAGCACAAACUAGGUCUUUCUGAUCACAAUGUGUUGUUCAAACUUUCUCACUUUUGCAAGUCUUAGAUCUCCAAAGCCA